GACACUUCGAGUCCAGGUCAAGCAGAAGGGUUUUAAAGAUGGGCAAGGACGCCAAGGCCGGAGGAAAAGGGAAGGGAAAAGCCGCAGCCGGCGGCGGCGGCGACGAAGGCGGAGGCUCAAAAGGAAAAGGAAAGUCCGGAAAGGGCGGCGCUUCCGAUGGGCUCGGUACCUGCACGUAUGUGAAGGCAAGGCACAUACUUUGUGAGAAGCAGGGCAAGAUCAACGAGGCCUACAAGAAGUUGCAGGACGGUUGGCUCGGAAACGGCGAUAAGGUCCCUCCGGCGGAGUUCGCUAAGCUGGCUGCAGAGUACUCCGAGUGUCCGUCCGGGAAGAAAGGCGGCGAUCUCGGGUGGUUCCCUAGGGGGAAGAUGGCUGGCCCUUUUCAAGAGGUGGCCUUCAGCACCCCGAUUGGGGCUACCAGUGCUGCUUUCAAGUCCACGCAUGGUUACCACAUUAUCUUGUGUGAAGGCAGAAAGAAUUAACAGCACCGUGAUUUCUGAUGGAGCAAGUCUGAAACUUUGGCCGUAAGAAUGAUAUAUGUACUAGUUAGAUUUUCCCUCAUUGUGAAUUGCUCAUGCUCUCUUCCUGCAACAUCAUGUGGUGUUGAUUUUUACUUUUCUUUUUCUUUUUCCGGAGACUAGUGCAACAGGUUUGAAUAAUAACAUUCUAUAUUUAUGCAUCAAACAUGAUCCUUUCGCAGAUGAAAGUGUCGAUUUUCAUUUUUCUUUUUCUUUUUCGGGAGACUAGUUAACAUUAUAUAUUUAUGGC